AUGCAGUUAUUCGGAACGGUUGUGUGUAUUUAUUUAUCUGACUGGGUGACAAUAGUGUCCACCACGCGACCAUCUGAGCUUACUUCAUCGUCGUUGUUUUUAAGUAGUGAAGAAGUAUCUUUUGGAGAGAAUAGUGAUUCGGAUGAGGAUAUUUUAUUUAGAAGUGAUCAUGAUACCAAUUCUGAAGAAGACACAAUUGAUUCCGAAAUUUAUGAGGCACCUGAAAAUGCCAAUAAUUUUUACAUAGGAAAAAAUAUAACGCACUGUACAAAUAUUUAUAUUGAAACAAUACGUGACAAAUUUCAGCGAAGUAGAGACGCAAGGUUUACAGACGUUACAGAAAUUAGAGCUUUUAUUGGACUAUUAUAUCAAAUAGGAUCCUUUAGGUGCUCUCGUAAAAAUAUACAUCAACUGUGGGAUAAUUCAAAAGGAAAUGGAAUGGAGUCAUGUUACUUGACUAUGAGUGAAAAAAGAUUUCGUUUUCUUGUAAGAUGUUUGCGGUUUGAUGAUGUGCGUGAUCGAGUGGCUCGUAAACAAUUUGAUAAAUUAGCUCCUAUUAGAGAUAUUUUUACAAUGAUGGUUGACAAUUUUCAAAAAUAUUACUGCGUAAGUGAAUAUGUAACUACAGAUGAGCAGUUAUUAGCUUUUCGGGGAAAAUGUCCAUUUAGGCAGUAUAUUCCCAGUAAACCGUCCAAAUAUGGAAAAAAAUAUGCGAUAUACUAA